ACAGCCCUUUUACGAGUAUUACGUUAUUUGCACACUUGGUCGGCGAGAAUAACAUACGACAAGUUGACGACUUGCUGUGCAGGCCAGUUAGAUAGACUUAUAUUAAGAAAUUGUGCGUCGCAGUAAGGACAAGAAAUACCUCACAUCGUUAGCAAUUUCGCGCGCCCUAGUGUGGUGCACAUGUUCGGACAGCGGUGAAUCACUACUGAAAAAAAAAACCGAGGGACGGCGGAGAACGCGGGUGACGCAGCGGCCCCGAGGCGCGAGUCAUUGAUCCCGAUACAGUCCCGGACAGCCGACGCCAUGUCGGAGCGCGCGCACUCGGCCGAGCCGCUCCUCCCGCCGCUCGCGCUCGCCGCGUACGUCGCGUGCGUCGCCGGCGCUGCCGCUCUCGCCAACUGCUCGGUGCUCGCUGCGCUCUUCAAAACCUCGCGGACUGGUUUGCUUACCAUCAUUCUACAAUUGGCUAUAGCUGACUUUAUACUCGGAGCAUCAAUAGGACCUGAGCUAUGGUCUUACAAUAGCAGAUCAUGGGACUUCGGUAAUCAUGGCUGUGUCGCCUAUCGAGGACUGAACGUGUUUGCAUCAACGGCAGCAUCCUAUCUAGUAGCAACUAUUGCUCUACACUCGCUGGCCACCAUAAACAUUGAAGAAAAGGCAAUUGCAAAACGAAUGAAACGAAACGCACAGGAUGAAGAUGAAGAAAUAAGGUGUUCACGCCAUAGUUUGGUGACAAGCAGUGACUCUUCGACUCCACCCAGAACUAUGAACCUAGAUUACAGACUCUCUGAUCGUAGAAUCUCAGUAACUCAACCAUCAGUAUUUGUUUGGGUACUGGCUAUUUCAUUAAGCGUUCCAGAAUUUGUAUUGGCCACUACAGUGCACCUAGAAAGGGAUGCUGUGCUAUGCACCAUAGUCGACACCAGUCAACGUCUGCAUAUGUACUCGAUGUUAGCUAUGUUUAAUCUUUUUUUACCCCUAAUCAUUAUGGGUACUGCUGCUGUUCUAGUCAUCAUUAAAUUAAAGAAUGAAAAAAUAAUGUCUCGAAUUGAAUACUUUGAAUCUAUUGCAGCUCUUAAGUUAUCUUUGUGGCUUAUUGUCGUUUACAUGGUAUUGUGUAGUCCUCGGUCGAUUGUCACUGCUUUCAAUAUAUACUCGAAAUCAUUGCAAGGUAACGAGACAUCCUUGGCUCAUACUGCAGACAUGACAUCUGUAAACGUAGCAGCCAGCAGUACGUACAUACUCGCCACAUUAGUCCGUCCAUUGCUCAGCAUAGUGCUACUGCCGCGUGUCAGGAAGUCGUUUUCUUUCGGAUCCUAUACAAGUGCAGAUAAUGUGUGAUUAUGAAAACGUUUCUAAAGUUGCAAACUCUGAUGAGGUGAUAUAUUAUUCACGGUGUAGUGUAUGCAGCAUUUAAACAAGGUUGCAUUUGAAAGUUUGUGAAAUGUAGUGGUAUUAAAGGAAACCAAGGAUUAACAUAACAAACGCUAUGCUGCAUUUGCUUAGUGCGAGUAAAAAGGUCUUAGUUGUGUAAGUGCCAUUGAGUAAAAAAGCUACUUAGAUCUAAGAACGUACCUUUAUAAACCUACCUACUUUACCAAAGUUCACCCUUAGUGCCUGACCUUACGCCUACAUAUCAAAUGUUACCCUAUAAGAUCCACAGGAUACCUAUGUCUAAAUCAGGAACACUGUUUUAGUUAUUUUUCUAUUUUUGUAAAAUACUUUUUAUUUUGUAAUAAUCAAUGCUAUUAUUAAGUUCUGCUUGAUUGCAGAAAAGAGAAUAUUUCGAUUUUAAAAUAUACUUAUAAUGUAGGCUACUUAUAUUUUUAAAAGCUGUCUAUUUUAUACCAAUUUUUAAUAAAAAUCAUAAAAAUAAA